AUGAUAGAAAAUCGGAAGUACCAUCCGUGCUUAUGACAAGAGCCAAUUGUGCACAAUACUCACUGAAGUGGCGCUCUAAAAUUAGAUAUUUAAACCAGUGGUAUACCAGAUUACCAGUGGUAUAAAGCUCAGAUAAGAUUAUAAUUUGUCAGAGGGAGGUAUUUAACAAUGGCUGAAGUAAUCGACGACCUAUUUUCGUCAAAUGUUGAUGAGAGGGAUGUAAAAUAUUUCGAAUUUCUAGCAAAAGACAAAAACAUACAGAACUGGAAAUAUGAUAUUUCAGCAAAGACCAUUAAGGCAAGCCCAAAAGACAGCUUCGAGCUCGAAGUUUUUAAGGAGGUCAUAGCCAUUUUCGAACGACGCGUGUGGAAAGAAGUAACAAGUACAUGGCUAAUUUCAGCCGUGAAAACAUUUUUUGAUGAUCGGAAACACAGAUCUCAAUUCGAGUUCGCACAUCCAGUAUUCAGUGACAAUCAAUGUGCCAAAUCGCAGUGCACUUUGUUUGCAUCGAAUCGUGUUGAUUUGGAAAGAUUGCUUGACAAGUUAAAACUCCUAUGGUCCCCAGAUAUUAUAUCACCAAAGUUCCGCUUUACGCCUGGUCGCGAGCUUUACAUUUGUACUGGCGACAUAGUUGAUUUUGAUGAACAAGGUACUGGUAUUGUAAAUCCAGUAGUUAUUCGUAGCAAUGGUGAAAUAGAUGGAAGAGGGAAAGUUUUUGAGAGACUGAAAGAAGCAGGUGGGAAGGAAUACACCGCGAAAUUGAAUGCUGUCCGUCAAGAUGGUUCUCAUUGUGUGACUACAAAAGGUGGCCGGUUGAAGUCAUUAAUGAUACACCCAACACGCAAAGUAAUGAAUGACCAUACGAAGAAAGAUCACUUUAUUGACAAUUUGAAAGACUGUUUUAUGGCCGCACAAGAGGCAAAUUUACGCAAGCUGAUUUUACCACUUGUUUACUCAGGAUCUGGCGGAGUACCACUUGAAGAAUGUGCUUUCUUUUAUGCCUGUGCGAUUUAUGAAUUCUGGAGAGAAUCUCGCGAUAGGUUCAUAGGACCGGAAACAAUUUACUUUGUCGAGCAUGACAGAGAUAAAGCAGAAUCCCUCGUGAAAAUGUUCAAGGUUUGGGUUCCAACAUUAUUCACACAUCAUAUGGUCAUUCCAAAAGAAUAUGAAAGCGUUGUGGCCUCACAUACUUACGUAAAUCAGCAACGGGUACAUAGGGAACGUGUAAGCGAUGCAUAUGAGACAGUUGAACAACGCGAAAAUAAGAAGAUUGAAACAAUAAAGGUGGAAAAUAUCAAUGAAGUUCCGGGAAGACGAUCCACAAAGAUAAGAACAUACGCAAACGAAAAGGAUGUACACAUUUCAGCGGAUCCAUUGUAUGCAAAUAUUGAUGCAAGCAGCGUGUACGAUAUCGAUGCAGGACCAGCACCACAAGCACUAAAAUUGGUAUCGGAAGGAGUUCGAAUUCCAAACGAGGCAUUGGAGCCAAUUAAUGUAUCGGACUAUGACGUCAUUCAAAACACUGCGAUUGAUCGCGAGGAGAACAGUAAUAGAUCUUAUUCUGUAGACGCAUCCGAUUAUAAAGGCAUUGAAACCAAUCGGAGCAAAAUGGAAAUAAAUUUCAUAAAUGAACUAAAAAGUGUUCUCCUCGCUACCAGUGACACUAAUCAUGUUUAUGAUAACUUUCGCCCGAAUCACUAUCAAAGCGAAGGUCUGCCUAGCGAAGCUGAUGCAAUAAUAAAGAACGAGCUGACAGAUACUAAAGCGUUCACAACAAAGUCAUUUCGUUUUGAUAAAAGCAAAACAGUUCUAGCUAUAUGCACAGCUGAUAUUCGUGAAGCUGAAGCCGAUGUUAUUGUUUGCCCCGCAUAUGAAGGUGUUGCAUUUCAAGGGUUUGUGCCAAAUGGCAUUCGAUGUAAAUUUGGUAUUGAACAAAAGGCGAUAGAAGAAAAGGUCUUUAAAAAGGGGAGGAUAGCAACAUCGCGUUGUCCGGUAGGUCCGGGAAGGUCUGCAUAUGUGUACCAUGUCAAGGCAUCAUUGUUUGAAUGUGGACCAUACCCACUCUCUACAACAUCCGAAAAGAAUCUUGAACAGACUGUGGAGAAAGUGUUUGAUAAACUACAUCGUCUUAAGCGCAACGUCAAUACCAUAGCCUUCCCGCUAAUCGGUACCAUCGAUGUUGCUGACAAAGACCUUAUCAAAUCACUGUGCAGGCAUUUCCUAAAAGUGAUGUUCAGGUGUUGCGACAAACGUCGCGGUUCAAACAACCUGGAGGUACAGAUUUUGAAUCACUGUGCAACGAUCACAGAAUGGCUCCAGGAGACUCUGCACGAACAAAUUAAUGGUGAUUAAGUAUACUGUAAAUGAAAGCUGUUCAAAGAAGAAUGGUUUAUUAGAUGGUCGCUUUAGCGACCGUCUAAAGUGCUUAGUGUAAAAUUCAGGUCGGUACGGCCUAGCUACUAGGAGCCCAAUACCCGCUUACUACGCGUAUCCGCGCAAAAAAAAGUUGUAUAAUUUAUGCAAGAGGUCUGAGUUCUCCAAUUAUGUUCAUUCACAAAUGGAAACAUUAUAUUAAUAUCGUGUUAAAUGCAAUAGUUUCGAACGGUGUUUUAUAGAAAAGAAUCAAUAAACAAUGAUCGUAUUGUACGUGUCGCGGAGGAGAUUGUUUAUGAAUGAUUAAAAUAGUCCACUUUCUGCUGCGUCUGCGUGACGUAGUAUUUUCGCUCAGCUCAUUCAUAAAUCUAAGGCUGGCGAUAAACAAAGGGGAGUCCGGGUGAGAAUAACGCAAUAGUAUAAGGUUACGCUUGUUUAUAUGUUGGUGUUGUUGUUGUUGUUGUUUAUAUUCACAGGUCACAAUCAAUAAUACGUUGACCAUGAGUUAACAAUUAUUACAGGGAUACGAUAGACAACAUAAAAAAUGUUUCAUUAUCGCUGAAACUGAAUAUUAAAAAACAUUUAAAUAUAACAAGAAUAUUCUUCAAAAAAUGUAGUCUUGCUGUUUUGAAAUAAGGUUUGGAAUUUUGGUUUCUAAAUAACUUAAUUCAAAACAAAAGUUAAAUUAUAGUGUUUUUUACUUGUUAGUCGCAUAUUUACCGCAUUAUAAUGUGUGUUAUAAUAGGCAAACCAUACAUUAGUAAAAUUCAAUCUGCCUUCGCACAUAGUAGAAAUGGGUCAAUUAGGUGCUGCGUUUCCUUUGCUUACUUCAGUUAGAGGUCAAUUCUUUACGUAAUAGCAAUCACAAGGCCCCGGCUUCAAAGGAAUUGCGGAGCGUUCUUACAUAAUUAAAGUCGUAGUCGCAUGGUAUUUGUGUUUAGCGUCCUAUUUCGUCACGUGGUUCUUUUUCGCGGGUGUUUUGGCGUCUAUUUUUCGUCACGUGAUCAAAAGAUGUCCUCAGCAAAAAAAUAGUUCAUCGAAACGAAAGUGUUAAAUUAUUAAGUUUGUACUAUCGACGUAUUUUCAAGACGGUAGUUAUAUGAAAAUGAUUUGUUUAUUUAUUAUUUACUAAUUAUAUUGAGUUCAAAAUAACUUAAAUAGUUGUUUAUUGGCUGCGCAAUGAUACAUUGUUUACAUUCCAUCCGAAUUGCAGGUCAUUUGUUUAUAUGAUUUAAGUCACACAUCUUUAUUCCUUAGUCUGUUCAGCCACACCUACCAAUUUUUCUACAGCCAAAGCAAUGAAGCAUCACAUGUAUAUAUUAUUCUUAUAUGAUCUUUUGUUUAUGCCAUUUAAUGAUGGAAAUCGAUUUUGCUUAUUUGAUUUGUAUGGUGAUACAGUACAUGCACAGACUCUAAUGUUGUUUUAUUCUGUUGAAUUUGCCAAUGCUGGACGUUAUUUGAAUUUUCCGAUUUCAUUUCUUGUUUAUUCAGUCCAAGCUCAUUUAUAGCUCAAAUGGUGCGAUGAUGAUAAAGUGAAUAUCCCAUACUUCAAGGUAUUUUCUUUUUACUUCAAUGUUUAGUAUGAUAUAUGCUAACCAGUGAUUGCAGACUUUUGUCUUUUUACAAAAUUCCUUCACUUAAAGGUAUUGUUGCUGCAGCUUGUAAAUAAAUAUGGUGAUAAUAAGCUUUGGAGAAAAAUCAGUAUUUCUUGAUAAGCCUAAUAUAUAUGUAAGGCAUAUUUACUGGGGUUUUUUGUCAAAAAGUCUUAAUACUCACAUAAAUGCAUACAUAUUGCAGCUUCAUAUUAAGGAUAUGAAUUAUUCAUGCCCUGCUGUGUUGGUAAUCAAUAUAUACUAACAUUUUCCUUGAUAAAUUUUUAUAACAUAUGUACAAUAAAUGUAUUAACUUAUGUAAAUAGUACAUUUCAAUUACAAUGUGCUUGCCAGUUUUCUUUUCCACUUACUAGUAUUUUUAUUGAUAGCCAGGGGACCGUUUCAAUAAACAUCGUAGCACACAUUUACUUUACCAUACAUUUUUUGAAGGUGCAUAAUUGCUGAAGUCCAUAUCAUAUGAGUAUAAAUUUAGUAUUUAAUUAAUUACAUUGGCAUCAUAAGCGCCGUAUAUAUUUAACGAGCAUGGCGAGCUAGUUCGUCUACAUAUUAAGAGUACAAAAUUCUCUCGUAAGUUUAAAUUGUCGUACGAUCGUUUGUGAAACGGCCUCCAGCAUUCUAUCAGGAACAUUUCAGUGUUUUUGGAAGUAAAAGUUAAGAAUAAAAUUUAAUAAAUAAAUGUCAGUACAGUCAUUCAAAUGUGUACAUUUCAUUUUCUUGUGUAAAUUUAAAUUAAAUCGACAAAUAAUAUUUGGUGAAUAUGAUAUUCUACUUAUUAAGAAAGAGACAUUUGUUCUUGUUUGAGUGAAUUGAUAUUUACAAUUUUGGCAUUGUAUUUCUGUUGUGCAUGCAUGUUGAAAUCUUUUACAAUAAAUCGGUAAAAUUUGA